AUGGACCUGAUAAAAGUUGUUGGGUUGUUGAAGACUGUUGUUGGGUUCUCUCAAUGCUAUAACGAAUUUAUUAUCAACAUUCCUGAGGAUAUUUCUGAUAAGAACAACAAGGAGUUAUGCAAGGUGUUUGUGAGGGAUAAGUGUAUAACAUUCUCUCCUACUGUUAUUAAUAAUUUUCUAGGAAAAAAAAAUGAGGGUGCAUGUGAAUUAGAAGUUACAGACAAUCAGGUCUAUAGGGAGAUUACAGCUAGGCAGGUGAAAGUUUGGCAUGUUAAAAAGCAUCUUCCUACUGGGAAGUUGACUGUCAAGUAUGAUAUCCUGCAUAAAAUAGGAGCUGCCAACUGGGUCCCUACCAACCAUAUCUCCAACAUUGCUAACACUCUUAGGAGGUUUAUUUUUGUUGUUGGAACAAAAGUGAAAUUUGACUACGGUAGAUUUAUGUUUGAUCAAAUCAUCAAGCAUGCAACUACUAAUGCAGUUAAGCUGCCAAUUGCUUUUCCCUCUAUGAUCUGUGGAAUUAUCUUGAAUCAACAUCCUGGUAUUCUGUGCUCAAAUGACUUACCUAGUAGAAGAAAACCAGCUCUGUUUGUGCACUACAAACUCUUUGAAGGAAGUCAUGUCGAGAAUAUUGUCAUGACAUCUGCCAUGAAAAGGCCAGCCUCAAAAGUUGGAGCAAUUGUUGAGCUUAAGGAGACAUGUAAAGAGCUAAGUGAAGGGAUAAGGGUAGCCACAGCUAGAAAACAAUCCUUGGAAGCCUUGAUUGCAAGCUUGGAGCAGGCUAAGAGUGAGAAUGUUGAACAUGCUAAUGUCAGGCAUGAAGAAGAAGCUGAAGCCCACACCUCUAGUGAGAGGUAUGCUAACAAUGAUGAUGCAAGUGGCAAUUUUGCUUCUGGUGCCGAUGAAGAAGCUGCAAACUCAAGCUCUACUGAGUAG